AUGGGCACGGACACCGUGCUUGCGAGAUUCGGCCCCAAGUGGAUCACAAUCGCGGUGGCCGUGACUCUCGCUUCCGUCGCCGCGCUCCACGCCAUCGACAACUUCUACGUCGUCCGUCACCCGCCCGUCUGCGCCGCGUCCACGGACCGUGAUCUCUGCGUCUCGGAGUACCGCAUCGCGCGCCGCUCCCUCGGGGCGGCGCCCGCGACGCCCCAGCAGGUGACGGCUACGAUGAUCGAGUCGGCGCGCGCGAAGGUGGCGGCGGGACUGGAGCUGGUGAAGGAGAUUCAGACAGCCAACGCGGGCCGGAGUGCGGAGAUUGACGCUGUUAGCGACGACUGUUUGACCCAGGUGAGCGCGGCGCUUGCGCAGCUCGAGAAGUCUUCCUCCGCGAUCAGCGCCGGUAGCAACGUGAUAGACCUGCCGUACUGGCUGCAAACCGCGCAGACGCAGCUCUCCAACUGCCUCUCGGCGUACCGUGAAUUGGCGCCCUCUGCGCUCUCCACACCCACGGGCGUCUACCUCGAGUCGGAGUCCGCGUUAACCAGGUCAACGCUCGUCGCCGCCAUCGACCUCACGUCGCAAGCCGCCGCCGCGGCGCGCUCGUCGCGCGGCCGCCAGGCGCUGGAGAAUGGCGGCGAGCGGGACGGACACCCGGAGUGGCUGGAGGCGGGGCUAUACGAACAGCUGAAGGAGCUCCAGGCGCACAUGCAGGGGGACCACGACGGCGCGCAGGAGUGGGCGGAGAAGCGCCGCGGGCUGCUCGGGCUCCCCGCGCCCGCGGAGAUCCCGCGCCGGCGGGAGUUAAGAUCCAAGGGCGGACACCCCCCCGGCGUCGGGCACCACGCGGACCUCUGGGAUAACGGGCGGAGAAAGGGCGGACACCCGCCGGGCGUGGGCGGACACGCACACCUGUGGAAGAACGGGAAGAAGCGCGGCGGGAACCAUCCCCCGGGGAUCGGCGGGCACGAGCAUCUCUGGAAGAACGGGAAGAAGGUCGGCGGAAACCAUAAAAAGGGGGUGGGGCACCAUCCGGGGAAGGGGAAGAACCGCAGAGGAGGCGGACGCGGCGGUGGAGGUGGCGGCGGCGGCGGCAGCGGCGGCGUAUCCAGUGGCUCGUACACCCCGAGCCUGAAGCCCGAUGCGGUGGUGGGCAGCGGGGAGCAGUAUUCCAGCGUGAAAUCCGCCGUGGACGCUGCUCCCGCUAAGGGCCGCUUCGUUAUCUACAUAAAAGCGGGAACAUACGACGAAGUGGUGCAAUUCGAUAACGAGGGGAUCAUCUUCGUGGGAGACGGGCCGGAUAAAACGAUCAUCACGGGCAGCAAGAGCAUGGGCGGCGGGUCGGGGACGACGUUCAAAUCCGCGACCGUUGGGGCGAACCGCGACAACUUCGUGGCGCUGGGCGUGAAGUUUGUGAACACGGCGGGGCGCGAGAACGAGCAGGCGGUGGCGAUGCGCGCGAGCGGGGACGCUUCGGCCUUCUUCGAAUGCGCGUUCGAAGCCUUCCAGGACACUCUCUACGUCGACGCUGGGCGGCAGUACUACAAGAACUGCUACGUGGGCGGCACGAUCGACUUCAUAUUCGGCGAUGCGGCCGUGGUGCUCGACAGCAUUGACAUCCGGCUGCACACGAGCCACUCCUUCGUCACCAUCACUGCGUCGGGCCGCGACACCAACGGCCCCACGGGGAUUGUCAUUCGGAACUCCAAGAUCAGCGCGGAUCCGGGGGUUUCAGAUGUAUAUUUGGGACGGCCGUGGAAGGACUGUGCUCGCGUGGUUUACGUCGACACGUACAUGCCUGCUGAGCUCAACGCGGACGGUUGGAGCACGUGGGGAGGGGACACGCGAGGCAGCUGUGUGUACUACGCAGAGAAGGGCAGCACGGGGCCGGGCGCUCGCACCUCGCGAGCUUCAUGGGUGCACCCUGGGAUCAUCUCAGACGCGUCUAAGUUUGACCCUGAGCCAUUUGUUGAGCUGAGCUCCUGGCUCGAUGUUGCAGGGAAGAACCCCAAGUGGUGA